AAUGGCUAACAUUUCUGACCAAUGAGAGCUCAGGGCGUGGGUUUUGAGCAUUUGAAAAGCGCUGCACACAGACAAGCACACAGUUGCAAGUUUGCCUGCUUUUGAGAUUGUUGGGCCGCCCGUCUUGCGAAAUUUUACGUGCAACUACUUCGUUUUUCUCGAGGAACAUCACCGAAGAGUUUACCGAAGCCUUCCAUCGCUUCUCAGUUCCCGUUUGUUAAUUUUUUUUCCCGAGAAAAUGGCCUUGAGAACCCGCUCCGCUUCUGCUGCCACGAGCCAGAAUGAGAAUAUUCUGGCAGGCAAAGCCCUCAUGGCCAAGAACAAGAUGGCGACCGGCAGACCACGCGCUGCACUUGCUAGCAUUGGCAACAAGGAGGCCAAUAUCGGAAAGGUUGCUGCCAAGGAUGUGAUGAAAAAGAAGACCCUGCCCAAGUCCCGUGGAACCACAGCACUGCCAGAGGCAGUCAAGGAGAAUGUCACCGCGAAGAAACAACCAACCAAGGAGAAAACCCUUUCUCCGGCGCCCAUGGAAGUGGACCCGAUGGACAUGACGGAGAUGAAGAAGGCGUUCUCGGAUUCUCUGAUGGCGAAAGUGGAGGACAUCGACAGCGAGGACAAGGAGAACCCCCAGCUCUGCACGGAGUUCGUCAACGACAUCUACGAAUACCUCAGACAUGUUGAGCGUAAGUACAAGGUGAACCCCAACUACCUUGACGGUCAGGUGAUCAAUGCCAGGAUGCGGGGGAUCCUGAUUGACUGGCUGAUCCAGGUGCACCUGCGCUUCCACCUGCUGCAGGAGACCCUCUUCCUCACAGUGGACAUCAUAGACAGAUUCCUUCAGGUAAAUUCUGUCAGUCAGUCUAAAGGACAAGAUGACAAAAAGGUCCAGUCCGUAUCCAGAAGUAAGCUGCAGCUGGUCGGGGUGACGGCCAUGCUGAUCGCGUCCAAGUACGAGGAGAUGUACGCGCCCGAGGUGGCGGACUUUGUCUACAUCACGGACAACGCCUACACCAAGUCACAGAUCCGCAGUAUGGAGAUCCUCAUCCUCAAGAACCUGAACUUCAACCUGGGCAAGCCCCUCCCACUGCACUUCCUCAGGAGAAACUCAAAGGCUGGACAGGUUGAUGCCCAGAAGCACACCUUGGCUAAGUAUCUGAUGGAGAUGUCCCUGGUGGACUAUGACAUGGUGCAGUACAACCCCUCUCAGAUCGCUGCUGCCGCCCUGUGUCUGUCAGCCAAGACCCUCGACCAAUCAGAAUGGACACCAACCCUGGAGUACUACAGCACAUACAGCGAGGAAGACUUGCUGCCCAUCAUGAGACAUAUGGCCAAGAACAUCUCCAAGUCUUCUACAAGCAAACUGCAGGCGGUGAGAAACAAGUACACAAGCUCCAAGUUCCUGAAGAUCGCUACCAUCCCAGAGCUCAAGUCAGACUACAUCCAAGAACUGGCUGAAAAAUCAUCAUAGCUUCCAGUAGCUUUGAGCAAAGUAAAACAAAUGUACAGAUUUUAAACCCCUAGCAUUUUGCAUAGUCCUGUGUUGCUUAUUUCAUUUACUUGGUUUUAGGCAUUGCGACUUUCAAGAUUUAUAAAACACUGGCUGUUGCCUACUCGAUCAAGGAAUAGACUUUUAGUGACCGCUUUUUGUUUUAACUGUAGGCGCGUGAAAAUGUUAGAUGUUACUUGUUAGCAGUCUCAAGAAAUCAUUGUGAAAAAUAAAAGAAAAUAACCUUGUAAGACAAUGUGAAAAAUAAGGGUUUUGGAUAGCAAGGCAAAAAUUGUAUUUUGUUGGCGAGGAACAGAUUGUACAUAGCCGCCCAAAUAGCAGCAGCGUUUAGGUCAGCUCAUAUGUAUCAGUGGUCAGCUCAUAUGUAUCAGUGCAAUCUUCUGUAAGUUGCCGCCAUGUUGUAAAGUAUUGUUGUAGAAUGUGUAAACAACACUUGUGUAUACUGCUUGUAGUCCAAGAAUUUGAUUGUAAUGUACUAUUCAGUUUGGCCUUCACAAUAAACAUAUGAAAAAU